CUUUUUCAGAAUUUCUAUCACUGGCAUUUAUCAUGAAAGCAGAGGAACUAAGUAGUUUUUCGAAUAAAUUCCAUCAUUAGGCUUUUGCAGGUUAUCAGAACAUGGUGUUCAUCAGAAUAAUUCUGUUUCAUUUUCUCCAACAUUUGGUUUUCACGUCCGGGUAUGCAAGUUCAGGCCAUCAUAAAUAUUUUCGCCAUUCGUUGUCCACGGACAGGGCAGCUCUAAUGACUUUCAAAAGUGUCAUAAGAUCCGAUCCUAAUUCAACUCUGGAUAACUGGGAUGAGUCUGGUGAUGUCUGCAACUUCACCGGCGUCUUUUGCGACAAACACAAGCACCGCGUAGUACUACUUGACCUGGAAGAUUGUGGACUAGUUGGACCUCUCUCGCCCUUUCUCUCGAACCUCACAGGCCUUCGAAAGCUCCUACUUUUUGAUAACUACUUUUUCGGUAUCAUCCCAUCUGAAUUCUCCAACCUCAGAAACCUGCAUUAUCUCCUGCUUGAUGGGAACAAUUUACAGGGCUCAAUCCCAGAGUCCUUUGCCCUUUUUUCUAAACUCACUUUAAUAAUGAUUAGUGAUAACAAGUUAACUGGUGCACUUCCACCUUCCUUCUUUGCAAACUGUACCACUCUAAAGAAUGUAGACUUAUCUCACAACUCCUUCAGAGGACAGAUUCCUGGAGAAAUCGGAAACUGUCCAAAUCUUUGGAACCUGAAUUUAUACAACAACCAGUUCACAGGACAGCUUCCUGAAUCUUUAAUCAAUACUUCCAUUGCUAGUUUGGAUGUGGAGUAUAAUUAUCUUUCUGGUGUUUUGCCUUCAGAAAUUUUUGCCAAAUUGGUUAGACUUAAAAAUCUUCAUCUAUCUUACAACAAUAUGAGUAGUCAUGAUAACAACACCAAUCUCGGCCCCUUCUUCGCCGCCCUGGGCAAUUGCAGCAAGUUAAUUGAGCUUGAAUUGGCGGGCAUGGGACUUGGAGGAACAUUGCCUAGCUCUAUUGGCAGACUUAAUUUAACAUAUAUGUUACUGCAGGAAAACAGGAUCACAGGGUCAAUUCCUCCGGCUAUAGGGAAUAAUGCCUACCUGAUAACUCUGAAUUUGACAUCAAAUCGACUAAACGGAAGCAUACCAGCAGAGAUUAGUCGGUUGACGAAAUUGGAUCAGCUUUUCUUAUCGUUCAACUUGUUCUCCGGAAAAAUUCCUGCUGCCUUAGGCUACCUGCCUCACUUGGGUCUGCUUGAUCUAUCUUUCAAUAAUUUCUCUGGAGAAAUUCCUGCAAGUCUCGGAAAUUUAGUCCAAGUGAACUAUCUGUUUCUCAACAACAACCUCCUUUCAGGAUCGAUAACGAAAACAUUAGGACAGUGCACAGACCUCUACAAGCUAGACUUGUCUUACAACAAAUUGACUGGGAGAAUUCCUCCGGAAAUAUCAGGUAUAAGAGAAAUCAGAAUUUUUUUUAACCUCUCACAUAAUCAACUUGAAGGGCAACUGCCUAUUGAGCUCAGUAAGCUGGAAAAUGUUCAAGAAAUAGACCUUUCUUCAAACAAUCUCACCGGCACUAUCUUCCCUCAGAUAUCAAGCUGCAUUGCUCUGAGGCUGAUAAAUUUGUCCCAAAAUUCUCUUGAGGGGCACCUUCCAGAUACUCUAGGUGAUUUCAGGGGCCUUGAAUCAAUUGAUCUUUCGCAAAACCAUUUAUCUGGUAGGAUCCCUUUAAGCCUCAGCAAGGUUCACUCCCUUACCUUCAUCAAUCUUUCUUAUAAUGAGUUUGAAGGUAUGAUUCCCUCUGGAGGCAUCUUUCAAUCAGUAACAAAUAUGUCAUUCUUAGGCAACCAGCAUCUUUGUGGGGUGGUUUCGGGCAUGCCCGUUUGCUCUCAAAAGCAGCAUUGGUUUCGUUCGCGGAUGUUCCUGAUCAUUUUCAUCAUAGUCAUAUGCAUAUCUUCAUUCUUGUCAACAAUAUGUUGUUUCAUUGGUUACAGGCGCAUUAAAGUAAUGAUUUCCUCUGCAGCUGUAAAAUCAGAAAGGAGAAGAAAACAAACAACACCAGACUUGAUUCCUAACUUCCCAAGAAUUACAUACAGAGAACUCUCAGAGGCCACUGGAGGAUUUGAUGAGCAAAGUCUAGUUGGGACAGGUAGCUAUGGGCGCGUUUAUAAGGGAGCUCUUCCGGAUGGAACAACAAUAGCUGUUAAGGUCUUACAUUUACAAUCUGGAAAUUCAACCAAGAGUUUCAACAGAGAAUGUCAAGUUUUAAAGAGGACUCGCCACCGAAAUCUGAUAAGAAUCAUAACAGCUUGUAGUCUGCCCGAUUUUAAGGCGCUUGUUCUUCCAUAUAUGGCUAAUGGGAGCUUGGAUAGCCGUUUGUAUCCACAUACUGGAUCAGGUUUGGGUUCAGGCUCCUCAGAUUUGACUCUGAUUCAGAGGGUAAACAUUUGCAGUGACAUAGCUGAAGGAAUGGCCUAUUUACAUCAUCAUUCUCCUGUUAGAGUCAUACAUUGUGAUUUAAAGCCCAGCAACGUUCUUCUCAACGAUGAACUGACAGCUCUGGUUUCUGAUUUCGGAAUUGCAAGGCUGGUUAUGACAGCUGGUGUAGGAAAUGCUGCAAUGUUUGAGAACAUGGGAAACUCUACAGCUAAUACGUUAUGUGGUUCCAUUGGAUACAUAGCACCAGAAUAUGGCUUUGGAUUGAAUACAUCAACAAAAGGAGAUGUUUACAGUUUUGGAGUUUUAGUCCUUGAAAUGGUGACUAGAAAAAGACCAACGGAUGAAAUGUUUGUUGGUGGAUUAAGCCUGCACAGAUGGGUCAAAAGUCAUUACCACAGAAGGGUGGAAAAAAUUAUUGACUCUUCAUUGGUGAGAGCUUCAAGGGAUCAGUCCGCUGAAGUGAAAAGAAUGUGGGAUAUUGCAAUAGGAGAAUUAAUUGAAUUGGGAAUUCUUUGCACACAAGAGUCUCCAUCCACUAGACCUACAAUGCUUGAUGCUGCUGAUGACUUGGAUCGCCUCAAGAGAUACCUUAGCGGUGACACCACUGCUACAUUUGCCUCUUCUCUCGGCAUCUCUUCCUCCACUCUAGACGAUGACUAACGGCUCAAGAUAUAUCUUCUAUGUACAUUAUGUUUCCACUGGUUAUCUAAACUACUUUGGCAUUCAUAUUGUAAAAUUUGAUGAUGUUACUCUGGACAUUCAGAAUAAGCAGCAAGCUCAAAACAACAAAGAAAA